AUGGCUCCUCUAAAAGAUCUAGGCUUAGGCCAAGUCCUCGCCCGAGCACUCUCCUCAUCAACACUCUCUCAACCACCAACUCUCGUCUCCCGCCAAACCGUUGAAACCGUCACCGUCACUGCAGGCGACAAUGGCAACGACGCCCAAACUUUAAGCGGCGGUGCCAUCGCGGGUAUCGUCAUCGGUUCCAUCGCUGGUUUUCUCCUUCUUCUCUGGGUCAUUCGCUCGUGCCUCAAUCUUGGCGCACCGCCGCAAGAGAGGGAGAAGUGGUAUCACUACAAAGAAGAGCCGAAACGACAUCAUCAUCGCUCGAGAAGCAGACGGUCGCAUCGCUCGAGCAUUUCUGCACCGCCUCCUAUUGUUAUUCGGGACUCGAGGUCGAGAAGCCACCACCGACGGGGACGAUCGCCUGGGUAUUAUGGCGAGGAUCGCAGUAACCGAUACUACGUCUAA